ACAGAAGUCCCGGCUCCCGACCCUAAAACCCAGAAAACCCUAGUAGGCCUUCACACGCCGCCAGCGCCGCCGCUGCCGCCUCCUUCGCCAUGGCCCUCUUCGCCGCCGCCCGCCGCGCCGCGGCCUCAUCCGUCCCCAUCCUCCUCCGCGCCUCCGCCUCCUCGGGGUCCCACCGCAGCGCCGCCCUGCUCCGGCCCCUCGCUGCCGCCGUGGCGCGGCCAAAGCCCCGCGCGAUGCCGUUCUCCUCGGCCCCCGCGACGAGGCCCAGCUCCGACGCCGAGCUACUCAGCGUCAUCGACUCCGAGAUCAAGUACGCCGAGGAUUGCGACGACCACGACAGGGUUGAGGAGAUUCCAGAUAACUUCCCUUUCAAAAUCAGCGACGAGAAGGGGACGAAUGUAGUUACCCUUAAAAGAACAUAUCAGGGUGAGCAGAUUGAGGUUGUGGCUCACAUGCCCAGCCUUGUCACUGGAGAUGAGCCUGAUCAUGACCGUGAUGGUGAGGACGAGGGUGAGGACAAGGAGGGAGAUGACGAUGCGGAAGACGAAGGCCAGAAGCCCGAGCAGUCCAGCGUUCCUCUCACAGUCACUAUCACUAAGGGUGAUGGCCCGGUCCUUGAAUUCGCCUGCACCGCCUAUCCUGAUGAGGUCCUCAUCGACGCCCUGUCCGUGACGCAGCCCUCAGGGGAUGAUGAACAUGACAUGAUUGUGUAUGAGGGUCCUGAUUUCAAUGACCUUGAUGAGAACCUGCAGAGGGCAUUCCACAAGUACCUGGAGCUGCGUGGCAUUUCACCCAUGACCACAAACUUCUUGCACGAGUACAUGAUCAACAAGGACAGCCGUGAGUACCUGCUCUGGCUGAGGAAGCUGAAGGAUUAUUUCAAGCAGUAGAGAUCUACACCAUCGCUAUCAAUUCCCCCAGGCAUAAAAUGUUCUUUGCACAAUGAGAUUAGAGCCCUGAACUUCUCGUUUUAGAUAAAUAUGAAAGAUGAUUGUGCACUUACAUGAACUUCCGAAGUUCGUUUUUUUGGCUAUGGUUUUAGUGGUGUGAUAACGACCGGUUCAUCUGCAAGUUGGAACCAGUAUGUUUUGGAAAGGUUAAGUAGGAUUGGAAAUCCUGUUUCUCUGCUGUCUCUAAUGUCAGACAUGAAAUCUUUGUGAUGGGGUGGUGCCCGCGUGAUUGACACCUUGUGAUUGCCGAGCAGAACUCGGCACGAAAUGCGAAUGCGUGUUCACUU